CAUUCGAUCACUCUGCAUGGUGAAUUACCGGAUUUCCCUUUUUCUUUGUCAAAACAUCACAACCAAAAAAAGCAAUUUUUAAUUUAUGUUAUUUCGUGCUAUUGGUGAUACUAUAGUGAAAUGGCUAAAUUUAAAAAUAUUUUCACAUCUAUUUUCUCCAAAUCAUCAAAGUUAGAAACCGAUGCUGCUAUUAUUUCAGCAAGUUCCGAAGAAUAUAAACCACAAGUGACGAAUGCUCAAAAUAAUACUGACCAAUCUCAAUCGUUGGUUAACAACACGGAAGUGGCUCUUGUCACUAGAGCGACGUCUUCGCAGCUGAGUCCUGUUGCCCAGCCCCAGGACCAAUUGCAACCUGCCACGGCAAACAUUGUCAAUAAUAUUCAAAACAACACUUUGUCAGCACCACAAACAGCUAUAAGCAAUUCUGCUGGCAUCCAGGUGUUCAAGAUUAACAACGCCAGUAACGUGCACAUCGGUCACAAAAUCACAAUUAAUUCACCUACAAGCGGGGAGAAUCCAGCAGAUAGCAUUGGCCAACAAAGGAACUACGCCAAACUACGAUUAUCGGAAACAAUCAGGUUGAUGAUGGAUUGCGAAGAUGAACUGGACAAUGCCAUGAUGGAUGCAAUAUCGCGUCAUUUGGGAUAUCAAUGGAAAAGCUUUGCUAGGUGCCUUGAAUAUUCCGAAGGGCAGAUACAAGCCUUCGAGUGCGACAACCCGACGUUAUCUGAGCAAAUAUAUCAUUUUGUUUUGGACUGGGUUCGAAAUGUUGACGAUCCAAGUAUAGGAAGGAUGACGAAAUUGCUAUGGGAGAAUAAACACAAAGAAACCGUGUACCACAUGAAAGUUGUAUGGAAAAAACGCAGGCCAACACAUUCGGAACAAAAUGUAACGCUUUGAAUGCAAUGCAAAUUCGGAAAAACUCAUCCAUCAUUCCAGCUUAAGAAUCGGUCAACAACAUUUGAACAGUCAGAUUCCAAGGUCUUCCAAAUUAUUUAUAGAUAAUAUUGUUAGGUUUUAAAAUAUUGAUUAACAUGCUCUGCUUUUAAAAAUUGCACUUGGAAAACUAUUUCCAAAAGUGGCCUUAAAAUUAACUUGUUCACUGUAGUUCUUUCAUUGUAGAAAUUAUGAAUAUAUGAAAAUAAAAAAUAACUAAUUCUCCUUAUUUUGUUAGAUACAUGUGUGAUUUGCUAUU